UUCCACUCCCUACCUCUGAGACCCAACGCGACGGCCUCCUCCUCCACGCCGAUGGCGACCCCUCACUCACCCAGCUGAACAUCUGCACCAAGCACACGCAAGCAGGAGGCGGUAGAGAGAGGAGGGAGGAAGAGGAGAAGGAAGCGGCGUGAGCAGCCAUGGACCGGCUGCUGUUCGACGAGCUGGCUGGGGAGGCGCUGCGGGAGCUGCUGCGCGCGGUGCGGGGCACCUUCCUCUGCCGCUCCACCGCCGAGCGCCUGCGCCGGAGCGUCGAGCCGCUGCUCCCCCUCGUGCAGGACCUCGGGCCUCACAACCAGCGCACCAACGGGGAGCUCGGGGAGCUCGCGGCGCGGAUCAGGGAGGCGCUCGACCUCGCGCGCCGCGCCGCGUCCUCCCCGCGCUGGAACGUGUACCGCGCCGCGCAGCUCGCGCGCCGGAUGGAGGCCGCCGACCGCGGGAUCGCUCGGUGGCUGGCGCGCCACGCGCCCGUGCACGUCAUCGACGGCGUGCGCCGGCUGCGGGACGAGGCCGGCGCGCGCAUCGAGCGGCUCGAGCGCCGCGUCGAGGAGAUCGCGGCAGCGCAGCAGCAGACGCCGCCGGCCAUGUCCGUCCCCGUCGCGCCGCCGCCGCUUAAGGGCUCCAUGGUUGCUAUGCCGCCGAUGGAGGCGCUGCCGCACAAGGCCAUGGCGAUGGCGAUGGAGAUGCCGCCCGCCAAGGCCGGGGUGAUGGCCAUGGACGUGGAGCUUCCGGAGGAGCACGCGGGCGACGGGAUGCUGGGCGGCGGCCUCAAGGUGGGCAAGGAGAAGGUGAAGGAGAUGGUGAUGAGCGGCGGUGGCGGCUGGGAGGUGGUCGGCAUCUCCGGCAUGGGCGGCAGCGGCAAGACCACGCUCGCCAUGGAGAUCUUCAGGGAUCACAAGGUCCGAGGCUACUUCAACGAUAGGAUCUUCUUUGAGACGAUCUCACAAUCUGCGAACUUGGAGACCAUCAAGAUGAAGCUGUGGGAGCAGAUCAGCGGCAACUUAGUGCUUGGUGCAUUCAACCAGAUCCCAGAAUGGCAGCUCAAGUUAGGGCCGAGGGACCGAGGACCGGUCCUUGUUAUCCUUGAUGAUGUGUGGUCUCUUGCACAGCUUGAGGAGCUCGUCUUCAAGUUCCCUGGGUGCAAGACUCUUGUUGUAUCGAGAUUCAAGUUUCCCAUGUUGGUAACACGGACAUAUGAAAUGCAGCUGCUUGAUGAGGAGGAGGCUUUAUCUGUCUUCUGCCGUGCUGCCUUCGAUCAGGAGUGUGUUCCAUGCACUGCUAACAAGAAAUUGGUUAAGCAGGUCGCUGCAGAGUGUAGAGGGCUUCCUCUAGCUCUGAAGGUUAUCGGUGCAUCGAUGCGGGAUCAGCCUCCUAUGAUAUGGCUUAGUGCCAAGAACCGGUUGUCACGAGGAGAGGCUAUUUCGGAUUCCCAUGAGACCAAGCUCCUAGACAGAAUGGCAGCAAGCGUUGAGCGCUUGUCAGAGAAGGUUAGAGAUUGUUUCCUUGAUCUGGGCUGCUUCCCAGAGGAUAAGAGGAUCCCUCUUGAUGUGUUGAUCAACAUUUGGAUGGAGAUACAUGAUCUUGAUGAGCCAGAUGCUUUUGCCAUCUUGGUUGAGCUUUCGAACAAGAACCUUGUUACCCUCGUUAAUGAUGCACAGAACAAGGCUGGAGAUCUGUAUAGUAGCUACCAUGACUUCUCGGUGACGCAACAUGAUGUGUUGAGGGAUCUGUCACUUCAUAUGAGUGGACGUGAUCCUCUGAACAAGCGGAGGCAGCUGGUGAUGCCAAGACGAGAAGAAUCACUUCCAAGAGAUUGGCAAAGGAAUAAGGACACUCCGUUUGAAGCUCAGAUUCUUUCCAUUCAUACAGGUGAAAUGAAAGAAUCUGACUGGUUCCAGAUGAGCUUCCCCAAGGCAGAAGUGCUCAUCCUCAACUUCGCCUCAAAUGUGUACUACCUCCCACCAUUCAUCGCAACGAUGCAGAACCUGAAAGCCUUGGUGCUGAUCAACUACGGAACCACCAGCGCAACCCUUGACAAUCUAUCUGCCUUCACCACGCUCAACGGCCUGAGGAGCCUCUGGCUGGAAAAGAUCACCCUCCCACCACUGCCAAAGACCACAAUUCCACUGAAUAGCCUGCGGAAGAUCUCCCUUGUCCUCUGCGAGCUGAACAACAGCCUAAGAGGAUCAAAGAUGGACCUCUCAGUGACUUUCCCACGUCUAUCCAGCCUCACCAUUGAUCACUGCAUAGAUCUGAAGGAGUUGCCAUCUAGCAUCUGUGAGAUCAGCUCCCUUGAGAGCAUCUCCAUCUCAAACUGCCAUGACCUCACUGAGCUCCCAUAUGAGCUGGGCAAGCUGCACUGCCUGAGCAUUCUUCGGGUGUAUGCCUGCCCGGCGUUGUGGCGGCUCCCGCCGUCGGUGUGCAGCCUGAAGAGGCUGAAAUACCUUGACAUAUCUCAGUGUAUCAACCUGACAGACCUCCCAGAGGAGCUUGGUCACCUGACAAGCCUGGAGAAGAUUGACAUGCGGGACUGCUCGCGGUUGAGGAGCCUCCCGAGGUCGUCCUCCUCCCUGAAGUCCCUCGGUCACGUCGUGUGCGAUGAGGAGACAGCGUUGCUGUGGAGGGAGGCCGAGCAGGUCAUCCCGGACCUCCGAGUGCAGGUGGCAGAGGAGAGUUAUAACCUUGACUGGCUUGUAGAUUGAUGUAAUGGUCUGGAUGCUUUGGCUUCCAAACUGACCAUGUACAGAUGAUGUGUAUAUGUUUCCCUGUGUAGUGCAGGAUGGCUGAUCAAUCCACUCGGCAAUUUUGACA